AUGGCUGCUAAGUCGGACGGAGCAGCGGUGUGUGUGGAGGAUGAGACCCCGGCCAGGAGCGCCUCUGAGGCGGGGCUGUGUGCCGCCAGAGCCCGCAGCAUCGCCUGCCCCGGCUCCACCGCCUACAGCGGGCUGGACUGCUGCUGGGUGCUGUGCGCCCUCCUGGUCUUCUUCUGUGAUGGCGCCACAGACCUGUGGCUGGCCGCGGACUACUACCUGCGGGGAGACUACUGGUGGUUCGGCCUGACGUUGGUGUUCGUGGUGGUUCCGUCUGCGGUGGUGCAGGUUCUGAGCUUCCGCUGGUUCGUGUACGACUACAGCGAGCUGAGCGGGGACACCAGCAGCGGCGCGGUGGCGGCAGAGGCGUCAGGAGAGAACGCGCUCAGCACCAAGGACAGCACCGCAGACACCGCACAGACCGCACCUGCCGCGCCGCGCCGCUGCUGCACCGCGUGUGUCUGGGUGUUUCAGAGCGCGCUGCACGUGCUGCAGCUCGGACAGGUCUGGAGGUAA